CGCACACGUCGAGGUGUAAACAAGAAAUCCAACCCAACGGUCCGCGUUACGACCGCUACGUCGGCGUUUUCAAGUUGUAUAAUUUCGUUUUAUUUUGUGUUUCGCCAAUUUUCGACAAAAAAUAUGGAUGGUUUGUACUGCAGUGCUGUUUCGACGCCAUCUUUGCUUUGACUAAAUUCAAACUAGCAAAACCAAACACGCCUACUGUUUCUAGGGAGCCCAAAGAACAAUUUUCUUGGAGAAAGGAAAUUUCACGCUCUUUAUUUGAGUUACUGAAAGUCUCUAACCAUCCCUCGAAGUGGUCAUUGUGUGCUCAAACCCCGGGAGCCACAAGAUGAAACCGACGCUCGGUCUGUUCGCGAUGGCAGCUCUGCUAGCUGCAACUUGUGGCAUCGCAGAGCCGUACAAAAUCCUCGGCCUAUUUCCGCAUCCCGGUCUUAGUCAUUUCUACUUCUUCGAGCCAAUUUUGAAGGGACUAGCUGCGGCAGGACACGAGGUCACAGUGGUGAGUCCCUUCCCCAAUCCGAACCCACCGCCAAACUACACAGACCUGCCGCUGGAGGGAAUCAAGCUGCUGUCCGAUUCGGUUAGCUUUGAGCUUUUCGACAACCGCCCAUCGUUUUCACAUUUCGUCGAGUUCUUCAUGCUCUACGAUUGGGGCAAGCAGGCAUGCGAGCACGCGUACAGUUCUCCCGCCAUCAAGCAGGUGCUCGAAUCGAAGGUUCAGUACGAUUUGGUACUGGUGGAGCAGUUCAACAACGACUGCAUGCUUGGGAUAGCCCACUUGCUCAACGCACCCUACAUUGGGCUCAGCAGUUGCCCGCUGAUGCCAUGGCAUUACGACAGGGUGGGAAACCCGAUGACACCCUCCUAUAUCCCUGCCCUGUUUAUGGGAUACUCGGAAAAGAUGAGCUUCACACAACGGCUCUCCAAUUGGAUUACGGCAUACUCGUUCAAGGCGAUGUACAGCUGGUUCAACGACAAUGCGGCAAAUGCGAUCAUAAGGAAACACUUGGGUAACAAUAUACCGGACAUAAAGGACCUACAGAAGCGUACCAGUAUGAUGUUUGUGAAUCAACACCACUCGCUGAGUGGACCCAAACCACUGAGCCCGGCUGUGGUUGAGAUUGGUGGCAUUCACAUCCAGGAGUUCAAGGAGCUUGAUCCAACGCUGAAGCAGCUUCUCGACACAGCCGAUCAUGGUGUGAUCUACAUAAGCUGGGGAUCGAUGAUCAGGUCGGAUUCUCUGCCGGAGGAAAAACGUAAUGCGCUUCUGGCAGCGCUGGGAUCGUUCAAGCAGAGAGUCAUCUGGAAGUGGGAGAAUGAGACGCUACCGAAUCAGCCCUCCAAUGUGUUCAUCCGGAAGUGGCUGCCACAGCGGGAAAUCUUAUGUCAUCCAAAGGUUCGUGUCUUCAUGAGCCACGGUGGACUGCUAGGGAGUUCGGAAACCGCUUAUUGUGGCGUCCCGGUAGUGGUAACCCCAAUGUACGGCGAUCAGUAUAACAACGCAGCAGCGCUGGAGCACCGGGGCAUGGGCGUCGUACUGCCGUACGAACAAAUCACCCGCGAGAGCGUGUACGAGGCGCUCAAGAAAGCUCUCGAGCCGGUCAAGAUGGAGAACGCUAAACGGGUAUCGUUUUCGUACAGGAAUCGGCCCCAGACUGCUGUCGAUACGGCGGUUUGGUGGAGCGAACAUGUCGUUGCCACGGGUGGCCUCCCGUUGGCUAAAACAUACGCCACCGAGAUGCCGUGGUAUUCGUACCAUGUGCUGGACCUGCAGGUAGUCAUCUAUACCUUCCUUACGGUUUACAUCUCCUGCUGGGUGUGGCUGUUCAAGCGGGUCUGCUGCCGGGGGGUAUCCGGAUUUAGCGAUGAGAAGGUUAAGACUAACUGAAGCGAAAGGGUUUAGUCAAUUGUUUUAGACUGUAGACAAUAGUUUAAAAAAAGGUAUUUUAUUUUUACUUUACACAUUUUAGUGGUAAAGUUUGAUAACGAUUUGAUACAAUAAAAAUUUUACAUGACGUUCACUA